AUCUCAAUUCGGUUUUCUACAAUAUGCUCACCAUAUGGAGACAAAAUUGGACGGUUGAUCCAACCCCCCUAUAAGGGUAGAAAGCUAUUAUAUAUGUUCUUGGCGUAGAUAGAAAGAGGCACUUGAAUCAAACAUGGCUAAUGAUACUGCACAAAGAUGGGAAGGGACAGUUAGCGGCAUAGUCUCAGGUUACAAUGCUGACCAGAUAUGGCCUCUUCUAGAGGACUUCUUCAAUUUCCACAGAUAUAUUCCUGCAAUAAUAGAUACCUGUUAUGGAAUUGAAGGCACCUCCGGUCAGCCUGGCUGCAUCAGGUACUGUUCCAAAGCUUCGAGCUCCGGUGAUGGCUCAGUAGAGAACUGGGCACAUGAGAAGUUGCUUUCUAUUGAUCCUAUUGGAAAGUGUCUCAGCUAUAAGCUUAUGGAAAACAAUUUAGGGUUCAAUUCACAUAUGGCAACAAUUAAAUUGCUGCCUUUUGAAAGUCAACAGCAAAGUGGGUGCGAAGUAACAUGGUCGUUUGCUUUGAAGCCAAUUGAAGGAUCCAGCUUUGAUAAUGUGUUUUCAAUUUAUGAUUGUGCUGUGAAAAGCUUCGUAAAGAGUGUGGAAGAUGCUCUCCAAGUUCAAAACAAGGAAUAGAUUCUCUCUCCAAGUGUAGAACUUCCAUUUCUGUAUGUGCUGAAUAAUUUCUGUACACUAGUACACUCGAUUCAUAUCAUGCAA